GUAGAUUCCGUAUUAAUUGAUAGGAAUCUUCAUAAUUUUAACAAAUCAAAUAAGGUCACACUUAAUUAUGGAUAUAUACCAGUUUUUAAACAAUUUAAAUCCAAAUUCAUCAACUCCUUAAACACCAGUAACUCGGUUUACACAGUUAAUAAUAAAAUUAACACAGUAAAAAAUACUAAUGAUGAGAUAAAUGAAAUAAUUACUGAAGUAGAGAAGAUAAAUGGAAGAGAUUUGAGUAUAAAUAUAAAAUCAGUUUCUAGACUUGAUUACAACAAGGAUUUUUUAUUAAACACUUUCAAUUUGGCUAAGGAAGUUGAUAUGAAGGUUUCUAAAAAUAGUGGUCAAGCUGAUUUUAACAAUUUAAUAUCAUUUUCCGGAGAUGAUGAAGAGGAACUAGUGAUGUUGAGUAAAGAUGAAAUGAGUAAAGGGGAAACUAUAGUUAAUAUUCCCUUAAAAUCUUGCAUAUCUCUUGAUUCAACUAUUCAAGAUCUCGUGAAUAGUAUUAAUAAAUACAGCUCAAGUAAUCCAAAAUUUGCUAAUUAUUUACAAUACACUUCUGGAUUAUUGCAAUUUGAUAGAGGGAAUUUUAUUAAAUCUAACAUGAAUGAUAAAUUGAGUGGACAAGACAAACUCCAACCCACUUGUUUGGAUCAUAAAUUUAGUGAAUUUGUAGCAUAUAAAAGAAUCUUGACAUUAAAAUCACUAAUACUAUGUGAUUUGAUAUUAUCAAUUGAUAAUACAACGAACACUUCAAAUCCUUAUGAAAGGUUUAACUCUGUAAAUUCAUAUGAAAAAGAAUUAUUACUACUGACUAUGGCACUUAGUUCAGAGUAUUUUCUUAACUCUAUUUCACAAGUAUUAAAUCGCAACAUUAGGACAUCACAUUCUAAAUUCAUUGAUUUGAAGAAAAAAUGGUUAAAAUGGUUAUUUAAUAAAAAAGUAUCCCAUAUACCGUUGAUGUUUGAUAAAGGAUCUGUGGAACAAAUACAGGAACCUAUUAUACAAAAUAAAAUAGUACAGAGAAAACUAGCUUUAACUGAGUUGUUCUCACUAUUUACUGAUCCAUUAUCUGUUAUCAGGGAUAAAAUCGAAAGUCUCACUAGUGGUUCUAUUGAUUUGGCUGGAUUAGAAGAAUAUUUAUUAAAUAAUAACAUAAAACAUGAAGUUUUUUCAGAAAACAUUUUCAAAAUUAGUAAAUCUGAAGUUAACUAUAUUCUCACCAACACCAAUAAUAUUACUGAUAGUGUUAAUAACGUGGAUACUGUUAAUACCGCCAAUUUACAUAAUGAUGUAAUUGAUAGAAUAAAUAGUAUGAUGAAUUUUGAGAGUAUUUUAAAUUUCUUUUGUACCAUAAAUUCGCAUAUUAUUAGGCCUAAAAUUGAUAAAACUAUUGAUAAUACACAAUACUAUUAUAUGCUUAAUACUGCCAGUGGUAUUAACUGUCAUAUUGUUGAUUUUAUUAACUUCGACGUUAAUGGUGAUAAUGCUGUAGAUUCCGUUAACUCAGUUAAUAGUGUUACUGAGUUGAGAUGUGGUUAUUUAGUCCCUUUAAUAUCAUUGUGUAAUCAUAGUAAUUCUAAACCUAAUUCCGAUAUUUCACUCAUGUACUCAGAUGGAGAAUUAUCAUUUAAUUUAAAAACUAACACUGAUAUAUCUGCUGGUUCUGAGAUUUUAUUCAGUUAUGGAGAUUAUGACAAUAAUACACUAUUACUGGAUUACGGGUUUGUUUCUGGUGAUGAGGGUGAUAAUUGGGUUUUAAUGAGUUUAGACAAUGAUUUGGUGAGAGAUUCAGCAAAAAAGAACGAAGUUGAUCAUUUACUGCCUUCAAUAUUCCCUGAAGGUAUUCCAAAGGAGAAACUUGACCUAAUAAAACAGUUGAAUUUAAUUGAAGUUAAUGAUAAAGGUGACCUUACAGAGAUAUACUCCGAUCCUUAUUUUGAUGGAAUGCCAAUAGUAAAGUAUAUGGAAUUCAAUCAAAGGUUCAUGGCUAAUACGAGUGAUGUACAGUCAAAUUUAUAUUACUCAACUAAUUCCAAACAAGAUCGAACAAUUCACGUUGAUAAACCAGUAGAUUAUCCUGACAACUGGAUUGAUUAUUCUCAAAACGUCAAUAAUAUUAUUAAAAUCAAUUCAGAUGGAAUCAUCGAUCACAGAUUAAUACUACUAAUCAAAAUAAUAUUGUGUAAAACGAAAAAGAAAUUGGAGUGGAUUAAAAACCAAAACCCUGAAUUACUUUCAAAAUCGAUAAACUCACCAAUUGAUCAUAAAGCGUUUGAAGUGGUCUCUAGUAUUCCAUUAUUAUAUUUUGAUAACAAAUAUGAUAAAUCACUGUUUGAUGAUAUUUGUUCUCUAAAUGUUUCAAGAGGAAUUUUGAAGAAUUUGAUGUUAACAGCACAUGCGAUGAGACGAAAAAUACCAUUUUACAAGUGUUCCCACUAUUACAGGAGUAUAUCAUCAAACCCUAUCAACACCAUUGAUACUAGAAAUGGUCCCAAUAAAACUGGAAUAGAAGUUGGCACCUAAUAUUGACAAUAAAUUAACAAUAAAUUAAACAAAGUUAACUAUAAUUAAUUCUAAAUUAAGGUAAGUGCGACUGAAGCGAUCGGAGAUGAAUUUGGUGAAUUUAAUGGCGGAAUCACAGUCUGGGGGAAGCCUUUCAAUUAAAAAUAACUUAGGUUAUUUUGACGCAGUUUUAUAGCGUUUAAUACCAGCUGAAGUAAUAAGCAGUAGUCCUUAAUAAGAUCCCAAUCGUAAAUCUUAUUAUUGUCUUCUGAAAGCCUAACGAAGUUGAAGGGAUGAUUAAACUCCUCAGAGUCUUCUGGUGUGUGGUCCUCAAAGUUUAAAGUUGGUGUCUCUGAUAAAUCUGAUAACCCAAACACCACAACGUGUUCAAUAUUGUCCGAACGAUAUAUAAUCUUAUCC